CAAAACCCAAAUGCCAUAUCGUCAAACUGUCUAGUACCUACAACAACCCCAAAUUCUGGAAACUGAAACACAAGUCAAACUACGAUCUGGAAAUUGUCAGCGUCAAACUUCUCAAGGACCUCAAAGGUGGUUCAUGCACUGAAGGCUCUGGACUCUUCACGAAAAAGAAGUGGACAUUCUUUGGGUUGUAUGCCCGUGUAUGGGGUGGAUGCUCAGGACGGUUCCGCAUCUGUCCAGGCUACAAACUGACCACGGCAAAAGCGAUCACCUCAACAGUGACCACCACUUCUGCAACUCCAACGACGUUAAGCACCAAUACCCCAGAAACCACCACCAAAAAAGUGGACAUGUCGAUCGACUCCAAUAAACGAGAGAGCUGUACGGUGGCUAAAAUCAGUAACCUGCAUAGCUAUUCGCCAGCAAAGAUCACCGUCGUGGACUCGCACAAGACACCGUUAGUCAUCUCUAGCAUGCAACUAUAUCGAGAUCUCAGCCACGGAUUAUGUGUUCGAGGACGUACCUUCUCCUUCGAGAGGGCCCAAGUGCAUGUCUCCUUUGGCUGUAGCGGGGUGUUCAGAGUCUGCGCAAGGGUCUCCGCUGUCACAACAACUUCAACAACUACAACUACAACCACCACCACUACGACCACAACUACAACCCCAAAGGCUGCUCCCCAACUCAUAUGCAAGAAGGUCUACGUAAACGCACGGAUAUACCCGUUCUCCUUUCCUGGCGCCAAGUAUAAAUUCAGACACUGGCUCAGUUUGCACAAAGUGAUAGUGGUUGAGCAGUUCUCCUCCAGAUCCUGCAUUCUACGCCGUGUCCCAGGAUAUGGUAAAUACUCUCUGAACAAGUGUGAGGCCCGUAUCCGUCUCUGCUACGCCAUUGCCGACCCUGGGAGUGGAUACCGACCUCCGAAACGCGGAGCUCAGAUUGUGUACAGCUAUUAGUCAGCUGCGGUCAUCAAUGUCUAGGCUCUGGCAUUUGUAAGGACACGAUAUCUUUUUUUAAAUUAAAGAAAAUACUACUUUGUCUCCUU